CUUUGACUCCGCUGACGUCACUUCUACGCCAUAGGCGAAUGACCUCCAAGACAUAUAUAUAAUGUUGCCCAUAUUAUAGAAGUGAUGAACAAAAACCACACUACCAGUCACCACAGUUUAUCAUGUCUGACAGCGGCAGAGAUAACAAAGACGCUCCAGGUUCCCAUCCGGGAUCAACAUACAACCACGGCGAUGGUGGUGCUUGCGGGGGCACCGCCGGUCCUCACAAUAGCAAUAUCGUCAACAAGAUUGACUCCAAAUUAGAUUCUAAUCAGGAUCGCGAGAAGGUUGCUGCCAGCACUACUUUUAUGCCUCAAGCUGGAAAGCCUGCGGGGAUAUACGACCCUAAGGCCGACAAACCUGACCAGAGGGUAGAUAAAGAUCCGGAUACCCGUCGCCGCGAGGAUGUGGCUGGCAGCAGUCGUUUCUACCCUCAGGCUGGAAAACCCGCAGGCAACUCAUCGCUUUGAUGGAGUGAGCUAGCUUCUAUAUGUAUGGAAAGGACCGAAACUCUUACUCGUCAUGUCUGUCUAUCUAAUAAAAGCGGCAAAGGCAAGUUUCAUUUGUAAGAUGUUGAUGGUAUGUUAUAUCUCAUACUUGAAUUUCUGUGAACCUGAAUAUUGUAACUUUCAUCUCUUACGCAAAAGCCAUUGAAACCGGGAACUUCUCCUAGGCUCAAAGACCAUCCCCUCAAGCAGCCUCUGCUAUCUGAUCGCAGUAGUCCUCCAAGUUCAUCAAGGGUCACUUGGCCCAGAGAUAUUGAUGAUAUACCUAGGUAGGUAUGUACGAGUAGC